CCCACGGCCGCGUCUCGCGUCAUUCCGCGUCGGGCGCUUUUGGAGUGCGCACGUAUCGACCCCCGAAACUUUCACCGGGUGAAAAAUAUCCGAUCGCAAGUGCAAAUGUUGACAAAAUCAUCCAUUGUUUAGAUAGAACCAGUGUAACGAUCGAGUAUCGUGCGACAGUGAAAUGCGAUCUGUGAACGCGUGGAACGGACGCAAGAAGUCAUAUUUUUCAAGAUGAUGUGGCCUUCCUCGCAAGCUAGCAAGAUACUCACCCUGCUUCUGUUCUUAGUGCUUUUGUACUGCCUUUACAUGGACACAUUUCUGUUUCUGCGGAUCCAGAACUAUAAAAUUGAUUUGUUCGACGUGGUGGAAAAUGCGACGGAAUCGUCGACAAAAUCUGAUGGGGUUGCGGUGAAUUAUGAAGAUGUUACGUGGGUGCCUUGCAGUAUCAAUCCUUUAUGUCAUCCCACUGUUAAAGGAUUGAUGGUUGAUCACAUCAAUCAUUACAUCUACGCACCGCUCUGUUCCAUGCUGGAUUUGGGACUGAAGAUCUCCGAAAAUCUCCUGUUUCUAACUCCUAAUAUGAUUUCGUUUUCACAUGUUAUUAUAGCGUGCAUUGGUGCUAAACUGUUGACUUGUCAAAACUUAGCGGCUAGAAGGAUAGCAAUAGUUUUGUUUCAAAUAAGGAUGUUUUUAGAUGAUUUAGAUGGACACGUAGCUAGGGAACGUAAGCAUAUUAAAGGUGAGAGGUCUGAAGUGGGGACCAUGGGUUAUUGGGUUGAUGGACUAUGUGAUAUGCUCGGUGUUAUUGCUAUGAUGGUAGGUAUACUAUUAUAUUUAAAGAAUAAUCCUCCAAGGAGAGGAUAUAAAGGCACUUCGGUCACAUCCCUUCCGUAUCACCAGUUGAAGGAAAUAAAUUCGUCUGAAGAUAUAGAAAAGGAUCACACAACUGAAAUAGGAAUUAGUUAUAAGACCAAAGUGACUUUCCAAAGGAUUGUUCAAGUUCUAGGUUUGUUCUCUGGUCAAAUGGUGCUGUCUUCAUUAGCGUGGAAUAGAUAUAUAGAUAUUUAUCAAGAAUUACUUGAGAAUAGUGCGGAAUACGAUAUUUUGAGACGCCAAGCGGCUUUUAAAUCUGGUAUAUUUUUCUCGGCGACUAGUCUGUGGAGAGUGGUCAAUCCGCAUAGUUACUUGCAUUUGUUAUCCUUGGCUGUGUUUUGCGAUAAAACUUGGGGUUUCUUGAAAAUCGUCCAUUAUAGUGGAUAUGUGUGUUUGGUUAUAGCCGUUGGCACGUCAGAAUAUUUAGUUCAAAAUAUAAGGUCGUUCGUUUUGAACGGUGCAGGGUGAACGCGUGAUAGCUUAGCAAAAGCUGUGUCAAAUCCUGAGGCGAGAAAUGAACCAAUCAGAUCGCAGUGAAAUUAAAAAGAAUAUAUCUGAUUGGUGUUUUUUUUUGGAAUGUGACCGAGAAAAAUUGCACUGUUAUUUUUGUGUUUACUUAAAACUUUUGGCACGGUAUUCAUUUUAAAUAUCUCAUUAGUAAUAUUUAUGAUCGUAAUUUUUGGAAUUGAAACUUAAACAUGCCACAGCUUUUGUAUAAUGCCUGUGUCGAGAAUUUAAUAACUUAUGUCAUUGUAAUUAUGGUUCACUGAGGUGUAUCAUCUAGAUAGGCUGUUAUUGCAUUUCAUAACUGCAUUAUUUAUAUUUCAAGCGAUAUCUUGUUACACACCUGUGUUUACUACACUUAAGUAUUAUUUAAUUAACUAAUGCCCUUAGCCAUAACUGCAUCAUAAAAUUCUGCGUAAUUUUUUAUUUUAAUUGUUAAUUUUCGUCUUUGUAAAUCUGUUAGGGUUUUUUUUUAUCUUUUUUAGCCCAUAAAGUUUGGAAUAAGACAAUAUUAUCAUUUCUUAUUUUUUAAACUGACAUACCUAACAGUGUAAUUGGAAAUGUAAAAAAAAGUAUUAUAAUCAUACCGAGGUUAGGCUAAUUCUUACAAAAAUAUUUUAAAAUAAAAACUCAUUUUAUGUCUUUAAAAAAACGGUCAGUAAAAUAAAUAUUGCUUAAAACUACAUCAGCUCAGUUUAGUCAUCAACAAUUAUAAUAACGAUGUGCAAACAUGCCAACUGCAAUUAUACUGAAGACUUCCUUAAUGGAUGCUGUAAAUAUUAGAUGCAAAAUAGAUAUGACGGGCGUGAUGGUUUUAUAAAACGCUAGUGAUAAUGAUAAAUUUAGUUACUUAAUUUAAACAAUCACUACGAUGUUAAAGUUGCGUUGAAGACAUAUUGUGUUAACCAGAACAAACAAAAAUAAAAAUGCUGACAGGACCAGCAACCUGUCACUAUUUGAAUCUCAAUUCUAUCAUUAAGCCAAAUUGCUGAGCGUUCCCUAUCAGUCUUUUCUUGGCUCUGUCUACCCCACAAGGGAUAUAGACGUGGCCAUAUAUAAAUAUACGUAUAGAACAAACAACUAAGAGGAUGCUCCAAGAAAUUUACUAAGUUUCGGUGCACUAGUAACCUCAAAACUCACUUUUUGCUAAACCGUGUUGUGCAAAUGUUGAACUCUCUACCCGAGACAGUGAUACGUGCUCCAAGUGUUAACACUUAAAAAUCGACUAGACACACACACACACAUUAAUUAGAAACCAGUGAAAAUUAAGCUCAAAGAUUCCGUUACAUACAUACAUACAGCCCAAGCUAAUAAAAGCGUAGUAAAAAGCAUAAGUGCCGUGAGUGAAAUUCAAAUUCAAAAUGUUUAUUCAUAAUUAUGGGGCAUUUUAAACAUCAUUGAAUAAUUGUCAUACCUUUUGGUCUCACAACAUUGAUUGACGUCGAAUUAAUUACUUAAAACUAAAAUUUACUGCCGCUUCCAAAGCGUCAGUGCAGAAGAAGCGGUAACAAACUGCACUGCAGAGUUUUCUUCAAUAACGUCAACUUCACAUUCACGCUUUAGCUUUAAGCUGAUAGUGUAUUAACAAUAAAUAAAUAAAUAUAACGAAAGUAUGAGAAGGAAAGGGGGUGAGAUGGCAAGUGACUGAAAAAAAUUGAAAAAAAAACUCAUACUGUGCCGACCUCAUGUAGGUAAAGAUUGGGAAAAGGUGACGACGAUGAAGGUAGUGAUGAUGUAAAUAAAAUAAAUAAAAAUUCAAAAUAAUGAAGCAUGAUAGCUCAAGAGGUAUUUAGUUUGCAACAACAAAAUGCUGACUCUGUGUCAGCAUUUUUUUGCAAUUCAAAACGCUAACAUAAAAAAUUAUAAUGCACACUUCGUUAUUAAGUAAUACAUAGUUAAAUGGUAUUCAUCGCUUAAAGCGAUAUUUCUCUUAAACAACAAAUAAAAUGAUUAAAUUGUUUUUAAAGCGAAUCAAAAACGAUUAUAAUUUCAAUCUUGAUUUUAUAAUGGCGGUUAAAUGGUAAUUCCCGGCACCAAUACAAAAAAGAAUAGGACCACUCCAUCUCUUUCCCAUGGAUGUCGUAAAAGGCGACUGAGGGAUAGGCUUACAAACUUGGGAUUCUGUUUUAGGCGAUGGGCUAGCAACCUGUCACUUUUUGAAUCUCAAUUCUAUCAUUAAGCCCAAAUAGCUGAACGUGGCCAUUCGUUCUUUUCAAGUCUGUUGGCUCUGUCUACCCCGCAAGGGCUAUAGACGUGACCAUAUGUAUGUAUGUAUGUUGAGUUUAUAAAAAAAAGAACAGAAAAGAUUAAACAAAAAAAGAACCAAAUGACAAACACAAAUUGUUUAUCAAGUAAAUAUUGACGUUGUAAAAUCUGGUUACAAUAUUUAAAUAUUUGCAAUUAGAUAAGGCUGUGUAAAAGCUGUUUUGUUGAUUAUACUUACUCCGCCGAUAAGAAUUAGCUGCCGGUGAAAAACGGGAUUCAUUUUUUUCUUCUUAAUUUUUAAGAUGUAGAAGCACAUACAAUUCACUUUUAGUACAUUUGAGCGUUGUCCAAUUGUAAUCCUAAAAAUAUUAUUAUGAAUGCUUUCAAGGACGUGUGGAUGCAUGUCUGUUAGUCUUUUCUUUUUUACUCUGGAUUUACCAGAGUCUCACAUAGAUAAUUAUUUUGUAACUGCACGGUUCACCUUUUUUCUUACAUUCUUUAAAAAUAAAGAUUAUUAUUAUUAUAUUACUCUUUAACGCCAAAUUUAUUGGACGGAUUUAGUACAUGGGUAGAAUUAAAACUUUUACCCCAAAAUUCCCCCGAGACGCCAACUGGUAUCUAUACAUAUAAUAAAUCUGUAGAAAGGUCAAUUCUGUACAUUGAAAAUAUUGAAAAAAUAAAUAGCAGGGGGUGUUACUGGAUCGAUACCAAAAACAAAAAUGUGAUUAAAAAAAUUUUUGUCUGUCUGUCUGUAUGUUCAGGCAUCACGUGAAAACUAACCGUUCGAUUUUGAUGAAACUUGGUAUAAUUAUACCUUAUUAUCCUGGGCGUAAAAUAGGAUACUUUUUAUCCUGAAAAAAUACGAAGAAAAAAAAAUCUUAAUUUUUCAGUUUAUCCAUAGACGUUGUUCUGUAGAACCGCGAACACACGUUGCGUUACCCGCAGUGGAUUUAGCGCCGUAACCUGUAGCGCCUAAAGUCGGCUUUGGCUUGAACCGUUUGCUGCACAAGCGGGCCGCUACUAAUUACUAUGAAAAAAAUACUACAUAGCUACAUUAAUUCCAAUCAAGCUGAAAAUGAGUAUAAUUAUUUAAAACACAAUCAAAAGCAUUAUUUCAAAAUUCCCCAUGAUUCCGGUUUAAGGAAAAAAAUUUACUCACGGUCAAAGGUAAAAAAUGGGUGUAUCGCAAUUUUCUUUAAAACGGUAAGUUUUUCAAAUCGGAAAAUUACCUCAGACAUAAAUUGUAGAUCAUAAAGUUAUCUAUAAAAAGGUAUCAAUAAUUUUUUUCAACAAAGCUACUGUUUCUGUGAUAUAACGAUGCAAAAAGUUGCAAGCGUCAUAAUAUGCAUCCGUUUCCUUGCCACCUCUGAGGUAGUGUACUAUUAGCGCGUUUUUUUUUUACAUUUUUAUUAUUAAACUUGAAAAAGUCUGAAAUAGGUUAGAAUUAACACGUGUUUUCACUACGCAGUGGCACUCAAGACUAACUUUCAUAUUUAUUAUUUUAAAAAAAAAUAGAAUAACCCUAAGUGAAGAAAAUCAUCUUAGGACAAUAAUAGAGGUUACAAUUAUCAAAUUCAAUGCAAUAAUCAAAUUAAAACUAAAGCUACUUAUAAAAAGAAAGAAAAAAGAUGACUACAAACUAAAAUUUAAUUUAUAAAUUGUACAGUCCUUGCAUAGCAUCAACAUGCGGGAAUGUGCCCAGAAGGCUGGCAGCAUUGCCAAUUCGAAUGGCAAUGCUGAUUCUCUGAGCCAGAUAAUUUCCAGCCCUCCGGUCAAGAUAUACCUCAAUUAGCUUUUUCGACAAUUGUCGGAAAAGCUGAUGGGCAGAUAGGCCCCCCGGUCCCAGAGUUUCUACCCCAAAGGUUCAAAAGUAUAGAUAUUACCGAUAACUACAUACAUACAUACAUAAAAUCACGCCUCUUUCCCGGAGGGGUAGGCAGAGACUACCUCUUUCCACUUGCCACGAUCCCUGCAUACUUCCUUUGCUUCAUCUACAUUCAUAACUCUCUUCAUGCAAGCUCGGCGGUUUCGGGUACUUUUGACCUGACCCUUUACCAGGACGUCCUUAAUUUGAUCAAGAUAUGUUCGUCUAGGUCUUCCCACCCCGACCUUUCCCUCCACACUCUCCAUGUAUCUCUCUCUCUGCUUAGUCAACCUGUUUUCAUUCAUCCUCUCCACAUGACCGAACCAUCUCAACAUACCCUUUUCUAUUCCUGUAACUACAUCUUCUUUCACAUCACAACAUUCCCUUAUCACACUGUUCCUUAUCCGGUCACUCAAUUUCACACCCAACAUACUCCUUAACGCUCUCAUUUCCACUGCAUUUAUUCUGCUUUCGUGCUUCUUUUGCCAUACCCAACUUUCACUCCCAUACAUUAAUGUCGGGACCAACACGCCCCUGUGCACAGCCAGUCGAGCCUUUUUGGAUAGUUUCUGACUGCUCAUAAAGGCAUGCAAAGCUCCAUUCACCAUGUUCCCCGCGUUCACUCUCCUUUCCAUAUCACUAUCACACUUGCCAUCUGAUGUAAACUUUGAUCCCGAUAACUACAUAUUUGCGCCUUUUGAGGUUUUUUGCCUCAUUUGAAGCAAAACGGCCUUAGAUUUAGUAACCUGAAGAUGAGACGGCGCAAGUGUGUCGACACAAGUAGCAUCCCACACCAAAGGCCGCCCCAAUCUCCAGGGUACCAAAGUCAUUCCAUCCGGUCUCUUGGCAUCAUCCCGAGCCAGACCGUUUGGUUCUAGGAGGAUUAUAUCAUUUAGGGCGGCAUGGCGCCCUAAACGGCCGGCACUCCUAGGGCAUGAGAGGCCGUGGUGUCCAUAGCCGACAACGGUAUCCCCGCAAGGACAACUAUUAUUAAAGACUAACGGUAUUUCAUGUGUUGAGCAUUCUGAGAUAAAGCAGCUAUACGACCCUAGCCACGUAAUUAAACAGAGAGACAGAUGUUGUCUCAAGGUUUCACUACAGUAUAAAUGAAGGGACUGGGUUUCAUUAUACUUAUGUAUAUUUUAUAUUUUGAAUUCAAGUUAAAAUUACCGACAGAACAAUAUUUUUACUUAUAUUACUGCUACAUAGAGUAUAUAUACGAGACGUGCUUAUGCAUAUUAUGACGCUUGCAACUUUUUGCAUCGUAAUAUCUCAGAAACGGUAGCUUUAUUGAAAAAAAAUAUUGAUUCCUUUUUAUAGAUAUCUUUAUGAUCUACAAUCUAUGUCUGAGGUAAUUUUCCUAUAAAACUUACCGUUUUGAAGAAAAUCGUGAAAAUCCCAUUUUCUUACCUUUGACCUUGGGUAAUUUUUUUCCUUAAACCGGAAUCAUGGGGAAUUUUGAAAUAAUGCUUUUGAUUGUAUUUUAAACAAUUAUACUCAUUUUCAGCUUGAUGGGAAUUAAUGUAGCUUCAUUCCUAUUUUUUGGUCUAAAUUGACCAGACUGAAAAUAAAAUGGAGAAAUAAACCAUCUACGCGAAGACCGACAUCCGCGCGGACGAAGUCGCGGGGGAAAGCUAGUCAAUAAUAUAGGAAUAGAAUAGAUUUAUUUUCAAAAUUGGAUACAAGGUACCUAUCACUAAUUGACGUCACAUCACUUAAAUCUAAUUAUAACUACUACCGCUUCCAAAGCGCAUGUGUAGAGGAAGCGGCGGAACAAACUACACUGCAGCAUUUUCACCGGACGUCAAUAUACAAAUAUAGAUCUCUUAAAUCUAAAUCAUGGACGAAUGCACAUUGUCUACAUUAAAAAACAUGAAUGAUUUGAUGACAGGGAAUUGUUUGUUCGUCUUACUGACUGUAGUGAGAGAGAACUUUGAACGAGUUAGAAAUAUCGUUCGUAUUUGCUCAAGUUUUGUAUUCGUUCCGUAUUCAGCGCGCGCGACGCUACAUUUCAAACAAACAGUUUCCCUAAAUUGUUCUAAAAAUAAUUUUAGUGUUCGCGCGGUAGAGCGGCGUAUUUCGGGCUAGUGAUAAAUUCGCCUCGAAAUCCAAUGUUAGGUCAACAUUAUUUUAGUGGCAUAUAACAAACAAUAUUUGUAUUUCUGCGAAUAGUGCUCGGUGUAAACCUGACUCACCUAAUUAUAUUCCCGUGCAAAUUGUUUAAAGUCGAUGAAGAGAAAGGCUAAUCUUGGAAUCCUUAGAAAAAUCUUAGGAUUCUUUUAGGCGAUGACCUGACCUGACCUGUGAAUAUUUGAAUCUCAAUGCCAUACAGCUGAAUGUGGCCUUCCACUGUUUUCAAAAUUGUUAACUUUUUCUACUACGUAAGUAUGUGGUUAAACGAGUAUAAUUAUGUUUUUAAUAGAAAAAAAGACCACUCCGUCCCUUUCCUAUUUAUGUCGUUAAAGGCGAUUAAGGGAGAGGCUCACUUAAGGUCUAGAUCUGUCCAUAAAAUAUAUAUAUUUAUAUAUUGUCAGUAUUUCGAACAUUCGCGUUAAACACAGUAGAUAAUGACAUUUGUGAAAAUAUAAAGGUUUCUCUUUAAAUAAAGAUGACGUAAUAAAAAAUGGCAAUGAAUAUAGUAGGCGCCUGGUUUUUGUAUAAUGAAUAAAUUAAAUUAUAUGCUAGACACGAUCUCACAUUUGUUCUUUACAAUUUUAUGUGAUUGAAAAUAUUUCUUAAAUGUAUUCUUUAUAACAAGUACACAUACAUACAAACAUACAUAUGGUCACGCCUAUAUAUGUACCUUGCGGGGCAGACAGAGCCAACAGUCUUGAAAAGACUGAUAGGCCACGCUCAGCUAUUUGGCUUAAUGAUAGAAUUGAGAUUCAAAUGGUGACAGGUUGCUAGCCCAUCGCCUAAAAAUAAAUCCCAAGUUUGUAAGCCUAUCCCUUAGUCGCCUUUUACGACAUCCAUGGGAAAGAGAUGGAGUGGUCAUAUUCUUUUUUGUACUGGUGCCGGGAACCAAAACUUUACAAUUUUAUGUAAUUGAAAAUAUUUCUUAAAUGCAUUCUUUUCAUUUCAUUCAUAAGCAUUCAUUAGCGGUCAGAAAAAAUAAGGGGACUUUCAAAUAUAUUUGUUUGCCAAAAUGACAGCUAAAUAAGAGAAAACAGUCCCUGGAUCCCAAUUGCUAAAGUGCUGAGAACCACACGGCACAUCUAUUUAUAUAAACUAACAGUGUAACAGCGCAGUGCAUCCAUCGAUUCCCUACCAAGGCCGAAGUAUACGAACAUAUAGUAAGCGGUCGGCAGCCCACAUGUUUCCUGCAUAGAACGACUUCUCCAUCGAGUCUUUAAAAGCGGAUUGCGAAUUUUAAAAUUAGAAAAUUUUUUAAAAUAUUUUAUUAAAAAAAAAACAAGGUUGGUUAGAUUGCGAAUUUUAAAAAUAGAAAAAGGUGUUAUAAUUUGUUUUUUUUUUUAAUAAAAAUAUAUUUUGGUGCGUAUUUUAAAAGUAAAAAAAAAAACAUAAGUUUGAUCUUGCAAGGCAUAAUUUAUAUCUCAAGCAAUUAUACCCUUAAGACUCUUCAAUUUAUUUCUUUUUAAAUCUCAUUAUAAUAAAUCAGUCAAUAUAUUUUUAUUUGUGAGCUUUUAUUGAAAUUAAAUUUGUUUUUUUUAGAGGGAAAUAACUUAAAAACAAAAAUCAUAAAACAUUUAUUACACGUUAUAUUUUUUUUCUAUUUUUUUUUGUAAAAAAUCAUGGCAAUAUUUAUUUUUAAAAUUAAAUUACCUAUGUUAAUUGUGUACAAUAUUAUAUUCAUUAAAACACCUAAAUUACUCAGUGGAGCCGUCUGCCAAUAGACUAAUAAAUAAUUUAAUCAAGAAAAGUAACAUAAAUUCUUAUCAAACACUUAAUUUCUUUGUUCUUUAAUGGACGUACGAGUAGAUUUAAUGUUGCAUUUCUUUUGUUUGUGAGAUUGCGCGUAAUAAAGUGUAGUUAAAAAUGCUGUUUAAAUAACUCCCACUAACAUAAAAAAAGUAAAAAAAAAAUGCGGUACACUCGCUUGGCAGUUUGCCCUAUGGGUUAUUCCGAGGUUAAUUUAAACCCAUUAAGUAAAUUUUGAGUGUAAGAAUAAUAAAUAUAUAUUUACUUUCGAAUUUAUAAUUAUAAGUAUGAGGUUGAUUUUUUAUUUGCCUUAAAAAGGAUUUAUACAUACAUACAUAUAGUCACGUCUAUAUCCCUUGCGGGGUAGACAGAGUCAACAGUCUUGAAAAGCUGAAUGGCUACGUUCAGCUAUUCAGCUAAAUGAUAGAAUUGAGACUCAAAUAGUGACAGGUUGCUAACCCAACGCCUAAAAAAGAAUCCGAAGUUUGUAAGCCUAUCCCUUAGUCGCCUUUUACGACAUCCAUGGGAAAGAGAGUGCCACACGGCACGACACAAAAAGGAUUUAUUUUUGCAAUAAAUAUUAAUUAUCUCUAGCUGAUACGCGAAAUAGGGAAUUGCUAUUUUCCUUUUGUUUUCACGAUAAUUUUCCAGUUAAUACCUUUUGCCAAAUCUAACUACAUCAGUCACAGAUAUUGUGCGAAGAUAGGAUGUUGUAUUGUUUUACAUUGAAUUCACAAAAUUCCAUUGUUAAGGUAAACUUUUUUUUUAAAUUCUAAUGACAACCUUGGCAUAGAACCAUCACGUUGCGUCUAAUUCACGAGGUCAAGUUCUACGGACGAAUGGAUUUGUAUAUUAAAAACGUGCUUGAUAGACCGCGUAUUCUUGAAAAAAAAUAUAAUAAAAAUGUUUUGUGCUCUUGUUGAAAAAAACUUUGCAUUGUUGGCUUUUUGGGAAAUUUACAUUUUUUCUUCUUUUUUUCUUAUUUUUUAUUAGUUUAGUCUCGAAUGAUUAUCUUUUUUAAUAUUUAACAUGCAAUUCAACUCAAACUGACUGACUUAAAUAAAAAAUCAAAUUCUUCAAUAAUCUUUAGCGAAAAUAAUAAAUAAAAAGAGGCGGGGCAAUAGCUUUUUUUUAAUUAUACACAAAAACAUUAAGUCCUUUAAAUUCUCAAUAAAAAGCGAAAUUUAUUCAUAACGAAUUUAGUUUAAGAAUGUAAAGAUUUUAUAAUUUAUUAUCAAGAAACAUGUGCCAAUGUAUAGUGUGAGUGAUAUUUAUUUCAUUAAUGCUGGGUCUCGACUCUCGACUGAUUUUUGUGUAGGCAAUUGAUGGCUUAUGGUAGGUUUUUCAAGUAGAAAGAGAUAUAAAUAUUUUUUCCAAAAAUAUUAGUACGUUUAAGAAGAUUUGGAACGCGGUUUAAGAGGUGUAUACGACUGUUGAGUAGCCUUAUUGAAAUACUUUUUUUUGUUUGUAAUAUUGUUAUUUAUGUAUGUUACGCCAAAAGGUGGGUACGGAAUUAGGGUGGGGUUUAUUUAGUGGUGAAUUAACUAAUUGUUAAGCAGUGUGAAUGUCCUAUAUUUUUAUUUCAGCGUUUUUUUUUAGAAUUAAUAUAUUGCAAGCAUUGACUUUAUAAAAGUCGCAAAUAUCACGACCAGAAAACAAACGCGGACAAUUUCAUCAUGUCAGCUAUAUACAUUUUUUUUUUAAUACUUAGGGUAUUAAAAUGUUUGUGUUUAAAAAAAAAAG